CAGACAGACAGACCUCCGGCAGUCAGUCCGGUCUCUCGGUCCAACACAGCCGCGGAAGAACACAGUUAAUCACACAUUUUAAUUAACCUGCGGAUGGGCUUUAAAGACGCGAAUGCAAUGGAGCCGAUUAUUCACCUGUUGGAUUACAAAGCAGCUUUAAGCUCUUUUUUUAAUUAACAUUUGACGGACUUUACCUGCUUCCAACCUUUUUCAUUCAAUCUGAAUUGGGAUUACUGACCAGUUUUGGCGUUGUUUUAUCGGUUUGAACAUCUCUCUCUGGAUAAUUGUGGAUUUAUUUGCCGUUUCAACGUCGUUUUUGUGUGUGUUUUUCAACCUGUUUCCCACCACGUGAAAGGUCUGACAGGACACCGGCGCUUACAGUUGACAGGUGAACACACGUUUAAGUGAGGUUGGACUAUUUGACGCAUUUUUAAACUUUGAACGACCUCCCGCUCCUGAAGCUCCUGAAAGACUAUAAAACUAUACAUCGAAUUUAUUUUAAAUAUAUUUUUUUUCUUCAUAAAACUGGUGAAAUUCGGACGAACAAUAAUAAUAAAUUAAUACAUUAAUUAAUAAAUUAAAACGGGAUUUAACAGUCGCCGUCGCGCGCUGCUCACCCACCGGCUGCCAGGGAGGAGGGCACGCGCCGGGCAUGCUUUCGCGGGCAUGGUUUUUGGUAGGUUCACCAUCACCGAAAUCACCAAACUCACAACCAACAGCAUGAAGAGGAAACCGGACACCCGCUGAGUUAACGGUGAUAAAUUAUUCAGCUGUGGUUGGAAGUGGACUACCUGCUGGGGGAGAGAGGAUGGCCCGCUGGAAAGAGGGCACCACUCUCCUGCUGGUUCUGCUGGUUCUGCUCCACCUCCAGCCGGUUUCCGGGCGAUCGUCUCGACAUCGCAGCUUGAGGCGUCAAACUCGAGGGCACCAUGAACACCGGGCGCUCCAGAACAUCACACUGGCCGUCAUUUUACCACAGAACAACACGUAUUACCCGUGGGCUUGGCCUCGCAUCGGUCCCGCCCUAGAGCGGGCCAUCCGAACCGUCAACGCCAACCCCACCCUGCUCCCCGACCACCACCUCACCUACGCGUUCAAGAACAGCCAAGACAAAGACGGCAUCUGCUCCGAGUCCGUCGCCCCGCUCAUGGCCGUGGACCUUAAGCUCGCCUACGACCCGUGGGCUUUCAUCGGGCCCGGCUGCUCCUACACCGCCUCCCCCGUCGGCCUCUUCACCACCCACUGGGAUGUUCCCAUGGUCACGGCGGGCGCCCCGGCCGUGGCUUUUUACGGCGGAGUCUACCCGUCCAUCACCAACACGGGGCCCACCCACAAGAAGCUCGGGAAGUUCGCCCUGCGGAUCUGCGAGCACUUCGGGUGGCGGGAGCACGUGAUGCUCAUGUUCAGCGACAACAAGGUGGACGAUCGGCCGUGCUACUUCGCCGUGGAGGGUUUGUACACGGAGCUGAAGAGCAUCAACAUCACCCUCGUCGACAGAGUGUUCGAAGAGAACAAGCCGCCAGUCAACUACUCCCAAAUCCUCUCCGACGUUCAGAACGACGGUCGCGUGAUGUUUGUCUGCUGCUCACCGGACAUCUUCAGGAAGCUGAUGAUUCAGUUUCAGCUGGCAGAUCUUCCUCACGAGCAGUAUGUCUUCUUCUACAUCGAUGUGUUUGGGGACAGUCUGAACUCCAAACACGGACAGCCGUGGGCUCGUGGUGACGAGGAUGACGCCAUCGCCAAAGAGGCCUUCCAGAGCGUGAAGAUCCUGACGUACCGAGAGCCUCAGAACCCCGAGUACAGAGAGUUUGUGAACAAUCUGAAGACAGACGCCUUGAAAAUGUUCAACUACACCAUAGAGGACUCACUGAUGAACAUUAUAUCGGGAGGUUUUUACGACGGUUUGAUGCUCUACACUCAGGCCCUGAACGAGACCAUGUCUAUGUCCGAUGGUCGGCCUCCAGGCGAAGUCGUCACCAAGAGGAUGUGGAAUCGAACCUUCCAUGGUGUAACAGGCACAGUGCAACUGGAUGAGAAUGGAGACAGAGAGACGAACUUUGCUCUGUGGGACAUGAUGGACACCAACAGCAGCGCCUUCCAGAUAGUUUUGGUGUACAACAGUUCAGAGGAGCAGCUGACAGCGUUACCUGGAACAACACUGCACUGGCUGGGUGGAGUUUGUCCUCCUGAUGUUCCCAUCUGUGGCUUCAAGAACGACAACCCCAUCUGCCUCGCAAAGACAAUCACCAUCCACCAGAUGGUUUCCAUCGUGCUCUUCUUCAUCUUCACGAUGACCCUCACUAUCACUGUCUUCAUCUACAGGAAGAUGAAGUUGGAGAAAGAGCUCGUGGCUCAGCUCUGGAGGAUCUGCUGGGAUGACAUCCAGAUGAGCAACCUGGACAAAGUGCUGCGCAGCGGCAGUCGGCUCACACUGUCACUGAGAGGCUCCAACUACGGCUCCCUAAUGACUGGAGAUGGAAACCUGCAGGUUUUUGCAAAGACUGGAUACUACAAGGGAAACAUCGUGGCCAUUAAAUACAGCAACAGGAAGCGCAUCGAGCUGAACAGGAAGGUCCUGUUUGAACUCAAACAUAUGCGAGACGUUCAGAACGAACAUCUGACCAGGUUCAUUGGAGCGUGCAUCGACCCUCCCAACAUCUGUAUCACCACAGAGUACUGCCCCAGAGGAAGUCUGCAGGACAUUUUAGAGAACGACAGCAUCACUCUGGACUGGAUGUUCAAAUAUUCUCUCAUCAAUGACAUCGUAAAGGGCAUGGUGUUCCUCCACAACAGCGUCAUCUUCUCUCACGGUAAACUCAAGUCCUCCAACUGCGUCGUCGACAACCGCUUCGUCCUGAAGAUCACCGACUACGGUUUGUCCAGCUUUCGAUCUGACAGCGACUCGGGAAAAGACGCUCAUGCCUACUACGCCCAGAGGUUGUGGAUGGCUCCAGAGCUGCUCCGGAUGGAGUCUCCUCCUCCCCAGGGGACGCAGAAAGGAGACGUCUACAGCUUCGGAAUCGUCCUCCAGGAGGUGGCGCUGCGCCGAGGAGCCUUUUACCUGGAGGGAGACCCACUCAGCCCUAAAGAGAUCGUGGACCGGGUGGUUCUGGGCGAGUGGCCCUGCCUCAGACCGACCAUCGACCCCCAGAGCCACAGUCCUGAGCUGGGUCAGCUGAUGCAGCGCUGCUGGGCCGAGGAGCCGACGGAGAGACCGGAGUUCAACCACAUCCGCCUGCUGCUGCGCAAACAGAACAAGGAGUCGAGGACAAACAUCUUGGACAACCUGCUGUCCCGAAUGGAGCAGUACGCCAACAACCUGGAGGAGCUUGUGGAGGAACGAACGCAAGCUUAUCAUGAGGAGAAACGCAAGGCUGAAGCACUACUGUACCAGAUACUACCACACUCAGUAGCGGAGCAGUUGAAGCGCGGUGAGACGGUUCAGGCUGAAGCCUUCGACUCAGUCACCAUCUACUUCAGCGACAUCGUGGGAUUCACCGCCAUCUCAGCAGAGAGCACGCCGAUGGAGGUGGUGACUCUGCUGAAUGACCUCUACACCUGCUUUGAUGCCAUCAUCGACAACUUUGACGUUUACAAGGUGGAGACCAUCGGUGACGCCUACAUGGUGGUGUCGGGGCUGCCGGUGAGGAACGGGAAGUUGCACGGCAGAGAGAUCGCCCGCAUGGCCCUCGCCCUGCUGGACGGCGUCCGGACCUUCAGGGUCCGCGACCGAUCAGAACAACUGAAACUGAGGAUAGGAAUCCACAGUGGUCCGGUGUGUGCAGGAGUUGUGGGUCUGAAGAUGCCGCGUUACUGUCUGUUCGGCGACACCGUCAACACGUCGUCACGGAUGGAGUCCAGCGGAGAAGCACUGAAGAUCCACGUGUCGGCGGCGACUCGCGACGUCCUGCUGGAGUUCAACUGCUUCCAGCUGGAGCUGCGAGGAGAGAUCGACGUCAAGGGCAAAGGAAAGAUGACCACCUAUUGGCUACUGGGAGAGAGCGACAGCCAAUGACAAAACAACCUCGGACAAGAGGAGGAGGACGGGGGACAGAGAGGUAGAGACGAGAAAGAAACGUGGGAACAGCUGAGAGGAAAGAGAGAAGGAAAGAGGAAAGACAGGGAGGUAAGGAAAGGAAACAAAGUAGAGAAUUAGUGAAGUGAGGGAGCAAGUUAAAGGCAGAAAGAAGGUAGGUUUAGGUGGAAGGAGAAGGUCUCUCCGCAGACGUCUCAGGUCCUCGUGGACUCGUCACCUCCUGGUUGAACAAAAGAGACUUCACAACACGGAGGGAAAGACUGAACUAAAGGAGGGAGAAGGACGGAAGUGUGGAAGAGACAAACAGAUCCAGAAAUCAGGAGCGGAGGGUGAAAAACCUGGUCUGAAACCUGCAGAACCAGGACUCCAACUGUACACAGACUCUAUUCUGUUCCAGAUCUUCUCUGUUAUACGUGAAACCCGCGCAGAGAAAAUCUAAACUGCGUUCGGUUUAGAGUUGUUGCUGAAUCCAGCAGAGAACUGUUGUCUUGUGCUCCAACAGCCCAGAAUCAGUUAUUCAUCUCCUCCACUGAGUGGGAGUCCCAGACGGCCCCACAGAAACGUCUGUGCGUCGCUCUUUAACGGAGGCUGGGGAAGUCAACCAGACGUACAUUCGCCACAACAACCAGUUCGUCUUCAUCCUGGAAGUUCUUUCUCUCAGGAAGCUGAAAAAUACAGUUUGAAAACUCCUGAGAAGAAGUCGGAAUCUCUUUGUGUCCAUCUUGUAGUGCCAACUGGUUCAUUUGCCAACUGUACGUCUGGUUAAUUUCUCUGAGCGUCUCUAUUGGACCUGACGGGACUGUCUCCCACACGGUGGCUGCGACUGCCUCAAUCUAAAUUUGCAGUAUUAGCAUAAUAGUUUUAUUAUUAACGCCACGCUAAACUGAAACAGCUUCGCAAAGCUAGAACUUUUAAAAAAUUUUAUUUUGCUGCAGCUCUUAGAAAUAAGAGUUCUCUGUAAAUAUACAAAUGUUACUGUUUGUUUUUAAAUGAAAAGUUGUUUGGUUUUUGCUCAAUUAGGAAAACGUCACAACAUUUUUCACAGCAGCCAUUUUGACAUGGAAUUGUAGGGUAAACACAAGUGUUGCCAAUGAUACCAAUCAGGGUCCUGUUCCAUUUAGUGUAGCAGAGCCUUUCCAGUGAUCCAGGAUCAUUGGUAACACCCGAGUUUACCCUAUUACACUAUUUCAUGUCAAAAUGGCUGCUGUGAAAAAGGUCUAUUAAAUGAUGAAGUACGGUCACGCAGCGCUGCAGCAGUCCGAGGAGCUAAACACGCGACUGCAGGGCAGACAGUUGGGGAUCAAACCUGUGACGUCCUCCACUGGGCGACUUCCCGACCGCCAACGACCACUGAGACACCGCGAGCAGCACACGGGACAAACAAACUGUCAGUGGGACAAAAUAUUUUCUCUUGGAUUCACUAAAGAAGGCUCGAACUGUCGAUGUGUCUGAACGUAUAUUUUUCUAUAGUGACUUUACGUGUGGAGUUUUAGAAUGUAAACGUCUAAUUUUGGCAAAUGAUCAUAAACUCAAGCUCAUCAUUGUGUAUCUAAAGAGAUUCCAGUCAUCACAGGUCAACUCAGUUCAUCCCUUAUAGGUCCAAAGUGUGACACUGAGGAGGAGCUAAUACCCAUCAUGUUUCCAUUACAGCCAAUCAAUUAUCGGUUGAUAUUAAUAAUCAUUUAUUUAGAAUUUAUUUGGCUCCUUAUGCAAAAACAUCAUCAUUCUUUCUUCUUUUUGAAACACAACAAUGUGAAAUUAUUGGUUAUCAUAUAUUGUAUCCCUACUGGUGACACUACUAGUUAUAUAACUUCUCUGCUACUCCCCGACAUUCAGACUGACGACGAUUAAACUCCAGUUUUGUUUGUUAAAAGACAUUUUCCAGGGGGUAACUGUAAUAUUAUUACUGAGAUUUAUAUUACUAGUAAUCAGUAACACUGAUCGCCAACAGUCAUAAUGUUUUUGUCACUUGAAUGAGCCCUUUCUGUCGACAGUUGCCAAACAGGCUGACGGAGGGUGAAGUGAAGGAGUUGCAAUCGGCUCGACGUCACUAACGGUUACACACUGGACCUUUUAAAAAGAGUCACACAUUCUGUUCGUCAUUUCUAGAGAUGAACCCGUUUUCAGUGUUUUGCAGCUACAGUUCAAGUGACAACGAAACCGUCUGUUGUCAUUGGAUCAAACCAGCAGUGUUUGUUUGUUUGUUUGUUUGUACUGACCUGUUGUGACCUGAAUAAAGUGCUGUGCAGAGCU